GUGAGGGAAAGAGAGAGAGAUCCAUCCCCCCUCUUGGACGGUUAUGUGCCUCAGUCUGAAGCGCGCGGAUGAAGCUCGUGCGCAGCGCUCGGCGUCUCACCAGUGGAUGUAAAUAUCAGUUUAUACGACUGCAGAAAGCACAGACUGAUUCCUGAGCAUCGCCAAAGGAAUCUCUGGAAAGACGCUUCGCUGCAGACUGCAGGAGGAUGUAUGGCAUUAUUAACCAUCUCCCAAACCAUUUGAGGACCCUCAGAUAUUGAUAUCUUCAUAUGCACGUGAAUCUUCAGCAUCUGAAAAGCUUUCAGUGGGUUGACACAAACACUGUGCUGUGCGUCUUAACGCAGGGCUGCUCUUUUGGACCCGUGCCACGGUUGUCUGUCUCCGUCCGUUCACCCAACCACACCUACCCGUUGUAUCCUCACCGAAUUACAGCUGCGGCGUCCCGUACACCGGAUCCCGACCGAUUCCGUCGCGAAAGGGACAUUAUGUUUGUGUGAGCGGGUGGAAGAACGCGGAUCUACUGCGCUAUAAACGCCCGGUGCGCACCGGACCCGCUCAAACACGCCCGUGUCGGACCGAUAUGUCACCCCGGUGCGCGUGAUCGCUUUGGAUGAGAGGCAGGUGAAAUUACCAGCUUUGUCCCGCAUCCUGCGCCAAGAAGGAACGCAUCACCUUGAGGAUUUAAACGACAUCCAACUUACCAGCUCUGGUGUGUCGCUGCCAUGGCGACCCUGACCCCCUGCUUCUUACGGAUCUUUGCUGUCCUCCAAUUGGCUGUCUGCUCGUUUCCAGAGGAACCUGGCCCUUUAAUCUCUGCCCCUGCUGAGGUGGUGAGACGAUAUCCAGUGUUUGUGGGCCGAGCGCAUCACUCUUACACCCGUCAGGAGCCACUCUACAUUCAGACCGUCCUGAAAGUCAACCGUACACUCUACAUCGGAGCCAGAGAUGACCUUUAUCGAGUGGAACUGGACCAUGUAUCUGGAGAUGAAAUGUUCUACAGCAAGAAAAGGACGUGGGAGUCCAAUAAGAAUGACAUCCGCAUCUGUAGAAUGAAGGGCAAACAUGAGGAGGAGUGUCGUAACUAUAUUAAGGUGUUGUUGAGCCAUGAUGGAGGGCUAUUUGUGUGCGGGACAAACGCUUUCAACCCGCUGUGUGCCAAUUACACGAGAGACACUCUGGAACUGGUCGGCGAGCCCAUCAGUGGAAUGGCCCGAUGUCCCUACGAUCCCAAACACGCUAACGUGGCUCUGUUUGCAGAGGGCAGCUUGUUCACGGGGACAGUGACUGACUUCCUGGCCAUCGACGCUGUCAUUUAUCGCAGUUUGGGAGAGAGUCCUGCUCUGCGAACGAUCAAGCAUGAUUCCAAAUGGUUCAGAGAGCCUUAUUUUGUGAGCGCCGUGGAAUGGGGGCCUCAUAUCUACUUCUUCUUCAGGGAGAUGGCCAUGGAGUUCAACUACCUGGAGAAGGUGAUGGUGUCCCGCGUGGCUCGUGUGUGUAAAGGUGAUUUGGGCGGCUCUCAGCGGGUGUUGGAGCGCCAGUGGACGUCGUUUCUGAAAGCACGUCUGAACUGCUCGAUCCCGGGAGACUCGCACUUCUACUUUAACCUGCUGCAGUCCACCAGCCCCAUCAUACGCAUGCAGGGCAGGGACGUCAUCCUGGGGGUCUUCUCAACACCCUCCAACAGCAUCCCCGGCUCGGCGGUGUGUGCGUUUGACAUGCAGCAGCUGGCACGUGUGUUUGAGGGCAGAUUCAAGGAGCAGAAAUCUCCAGAAUCCAUCUGGACACCUGUACCUGAUGAACUGGUACCAAAACCCAGGCCUGGAGGAUGUGCUGUCCAGGGGUCGAGAUUCAGCUCCUCCAACACCCUUCCUGAUGAAGUGCUGAAUUUCAUCAAAACUCAUCCACUGAUGGAUGAAGCGGUACCUUUGCUUGGACACAGACCGUGGAUAGUCAAGACUAUGGUCCGGUACCAGUUGAACACUAUGGUGGUGGACACUGAGGCAGGCCCACAUCGCAAUCGGACUGUGGUGUUCCUCGGAUCCACCAGGGGAACCGUUCUCAAGUUCCUCAUCACACCCAUCCCGGAGAACCCGUACUCCAAUACCAAUAUUUUUCUGGAAGAGCUGGAGGGAUACAACCAAGAAAGGUGCGGUGAUGACUCUGUGCAGGCGAGACAGCCUCUCUCUCUGACCCUGGACAAACCCAGUCACACGCUCCUGCUGGCCUUCCACUCCUGCGUGGUGAGAGUGUCUGUCGCACGCUGCCAACUGCACUCCAGAUGCAUGAAAAAUUGCAUUGCAUCCAGAGAUCCAUACUGCGGCUGGACCAGAGGAAGUACCUGCUCACUCCUGAGGCCAGGCACCAGAUUACCUUUCGUGCAGGAUGUUGAAUAUGGAAACACCUCACAUCUCGGAGACUGCGACGGUCUGUUGCAUGAGAGUUUUAUGGAUGAGCCUGAAAGUCUUGUUACCUUGAACCUGUUGGUUGUUGCUGCAGUCUCUGCAUUCUCCACCGGGGCAGCGCUCUCAGGCCUGGCAGUGUGCUGGAUAAUGGGCCAAAAACACCGACACCGUUCGCACACCAACACUCCUUCGUCCAGUAGUCAGCGGAAGAGCGAGAAGGAGCGUUGCAUGAUGGGACAAAGCAGAAGUGGCUCUGUGAUGAGCGUAUCCCGGCACAGCGGCACAGAUCGGCCACGCUCACAGGGAGAGACACUCUUCGUCAUGCCCAAUGGUUGGGUCAAAGCAGGCGACUUGGAUCCAGGUCUACUUCCCACACCCGAGCAAACUCCUCUGCAGCAGAAACGUGGGCUACGGCUGUCCGAUUCCGGAUCCAGCUGGGACCAGAGUCAGACCUACUUGAGCUCGGUCGGUACCCAGUGUCCACCUCCACCGUCCACAUUGUUUCUCAGCUCUAAACUCUUGCAAGGAACCGGUCGACGUCACGAGGAAGCCAUUGAGACCGGGAUCGACCGCCAACGCUAUGUCUCUCUGUCCAAGUACCGGGAUCAUGGAAUACGCUCAGGCACUCUUCUUCGCAAGUCGGCAGGCGAAUACAACUACCCCAUGACUCCCCAAGACUCCCCUGACCGGCGGAGAGUGGUGUCGGCCCCCAGUACCCAGAUAGAGUACAGCGGAGAGCCUCUUCGCUGGACCCAUGAAGGCUACAUCUUCAGCAGUCAUGGCAUACCUCCAACGGGCCACCACUACACCCCAACCCCACAGCAUCCUGCAGGACUGACUCGUUCUGUGCUCCACGAGUCCCGGGGGCUCAUCGACCUGGCGGACUUCAGCCACCUGCUUGGGAAGGGAGGGAGCGAACGGACACCGGCAGGCCAGUGAGCAGGGAGGACCAAGGAUGAGAGAAGCGGGAAAUUGUUGAAACAUGAGCGGCUGAAACCUCAUGUGGACUGCAGAGCGCUACCUGGCCAAUCACAGCAGCUCUCUGUAUCUCUCUCUCUGUUUCUUUUCUCACCUGCUUGUCAUCCUUUUCCUCAUUUGUCUGGAACUGCUUGCAUGAGGACAAGCUAAAAUGGACCUCACUGACUAUGAGAAAAGCAGCCAUUCCAGCUAGAAACACCUCUUCUCUCUAUUUAUCACUCACAAUCACACAAAUGUGUAGACAGAGAUGUUCUUUUCCCUGUAGCUCUGGUUCUUGCAGACUGACUAUGAGUGCGGCUUACCAAACUUUAUUGCACUUUUAUCAGAUGGAGGAAAGAACCAUGGCCAUCCUGAAGACUACCCAUCCCUGAAUCUGUUCAGACCUAGCCACUCUUUAGCAGGUUCCCCUUUCAGCAGAUUUGUAAGUUUGAUAUAACGACAGCAUUUCAUUUGGGAAAUGGGACAGUUGUUCACUCCAUAUAAGACAAAGAACCCAACAAUUCCUUGGAGUAAUGGUCGACACCAGAUUCGAAACAAAGUGCUGUGAUUACUGGCGAACAAGAUCACAAGAGGUGCAUCAGUGUAAAUGCUGUAGGAGUACAGUAUAUUUGGACAGGUCAACUGGUCAGAAGGAAAGAUUUGGACGAAAAACUUCAUAUUAGAACGUUUACUAAAGAAUUGCUUCUCUCAGUGAUUACUGAUUGGUUCAAACUAUUAUAACUUCUUGUAGCCCAUCAAAUUCACAUUAUCUUCAUAACAUACAUAGCAGUGUUGUAGUACUCAGAUCUGGACAAGAUCAGACUCAGACUGAAGUCUGUCUAAAGUUCAAGUCCAAAGAGCAUAUUUCUUUGACUUAUUCAAGACCAGCUCAUUCAAGUCUGAGUUCAUGCUCAAGUAGUACAACACUGUUUCAUAGAAAGAUGAAUUGAACCUAUUUUAGCAUAUAAAAUGGGAAAAUAAAGAUAACCAAAUUAUAGAGAGGGCCAUAUUACCCCAAAUAACAACACUGUCUGUCUCCAUCAGUUAUACUUUUUCCAUGAAUAAACACUUGUGUGUGACAUCACUAUAUGUGGGCGGGGCCUCGUAUCAUAAUUCGCUUUGUAAGAUUAGCAGUACACCAUUUGCUUUGAUGGAUUACUUUGACCAAAAUGUAUGAAUAGAAAACACAAGAUUUUUCUGUUGUAUGCUCUGAAAUCUUUUGUGUUUUUGACUUUGUAUCUCUGUCGAGUGAGCUGAGGCCUUACCCUCAGUAUUACCUCAGCCCCGAAUUCAGACUUUACGGAGUCUGAGAGAGAGAAAACUUUGGUCAGAUGAGUUUCAUGGCCCAAGCCACAUGAAUUUCUGUGUAGCUCUGUGAGUUUUAUCAGAGAAACGAAACAUUGAGAACUGCAGAACAUGCUGGAUUCCUGGUCUUUUUUGUCUUUUUGUUUUGUUUCUUCCUUUUUGUACAGUGAAUUUUUACACAAUAUGUAAAAUGUUACAUGGAGCAGUGAACUGAGGUAAUUAUACCCGCCAUUUUCUAAAAAAAUAAAUAAAAAACACAAUUAGAGACAGAGUAAGACAGAAUCUGUCUUGAGGACCGUUGGACUCUUUUUCUUGAAGAUGCCAUUUCAUCUUUUGUUUCUCCUGGACUCUGAAGGAGAGCAAACAGUAAUGGAAACCCAGAGAAGAGGAAUCACAAUGCCAGAACUACAAGGACUACAAAGUCAAGCGAUGUCAUGUGACUUCAGGCCAGUUAUGUUAUUGGGUGCGUGUUUGUCUGUGAAGUAACCAAUUAUUUUGCUUGUCAUAUACAUCAUAAUACAUUUGCCCUUCUUUAUGUAUCUAUUUGCAUUGGUUUUUAAUCAUGGAAGUCUUUUGGAAGUUCUUCAUCAUCAACAGAGAUCAUAGAUUGCAUGUUUCCAGUCAUGUAUCUGGUAAACUGACAAAGAGAAACCUAAAGGCAUUAAAAAUCUAAAAGAGUA